AGCCGAUCCAUCAUGAUAAGGAGUGUUCAGAUAGAGUAGACUCAUAGUAUCUGCUCCUCUCUGCUCACAAUCUCUCAGCUGCAUCCAAGAUUGAAAGAAUAUCACUGUCGGCCUCUUUCUUCUCUGGAUACCCCACGUGACUGAGUACAGCUGACCCACUGGCCUAAUUGCUCAAGGCUACGAUAUUGACCGCCAAUAGUACAUACUUCAAGUGAUUGCUCGGUUGCCUCUGUGGUAGGUGAAAAUACUUUCGCAGAUCAAUCGCACUGAAGUGUGGUAUAUGCUGGAGACAUGGCUACCCAGCUAGUCUCUCUGGCGGAGGUGGAGAGGCUCAGCGCCUCGGUCGUACGGAUAUUGGGGGGCAAUCCCGGCAAGUUCACUCUGCAAGGCACGAAUACGUAUCUAAUCGGGCGAGGUCGCCAACGCAUCCUUAUUGACACCGGUCAGGGUGAACCCUCCUGGGCAGCCCGGCUCAAGACUCUUUUGGCAGAAGAGAAUGCAACUGUGCAUCAGGCACUCCUCACGCAUUGGCAUCCAGACCAUGUUAAAGGCGUUCCUGACCUCUUAGCAUUAUGUCCAGACGCUAUCAUCUACAAGAAUGAUCCAGACCUCGGCCAGGAGAGCAUUGAAGACGGUCAGAUCUUCAGUGUUGAAGGUGCAACACUACGAGCAUACCAUACCCCGGGUCAUACGGUUGACCAUAUGAUGUUUGUCCUUGAGGAAGAAGAUUCUGUCUUUACGGGCGAUCAUGUCUUGGGCCAUGGCACGAGUGUCUUUGAGGACCUCUCGUCCUAUAUCUCUAGCCUAAAGCGAAUGCAGAACCGGGUUUCGGGUCGCGGCUAUCCUGGCCACGGAGCUGUUAUCGAGAAUGCGACAGCAAAGAUCACAGAGUACAUCAAGCACCGCCAACAGCGAGAGGAUGAAGUGGUUCGCGUUCUCCGAUAUAAUCACCUCGAUGUCGCAGAUGGGGAAACAUCUCCGGAGCGUAAACGGUCCUGGACCCCACUGGAACUAGUCAAGGUGAUUUACAAAGAUGUGCCGGAAAGCCUUCACCUGCCUGCUUCUAAUGGAGUGUUGCUUGUUCUGAAGAAAUUAGAGGACGAAGGCCGGGUAAGCCGAGAUGCUGAUGGGCGAUGGGUUCUGGAAACUGGACGAUCUGCGCUUUGAGAUAUUACGAGAAGGGCUGGGUUGUUAAGUUAUUAUCAUAGUAGAUAUAUUAGUAGAUCUUUGUUUCGGGAUUAUAUGGCAAAUGUUAUUAGGGAUCCGAUGGUAGCCGCUCUCGAUGUAAGAAGAUGCCUG